GCUGCUGAAAAUAAUGGUAUCAGCGACGGGAAACCAUUUCGUCGCCAGCUUGCGUCGUUCCGCCCGGCUGAGAUACCACAAAGCCCAAUAUCAUUUUAUGGGCAUCUGCCUUACCCAGCUGAUUUGCAACCAGAUUUUGAAGUGUUGCGGGUAAAUGAAGUUGGCAGAGGUGGUGCACUAAAGCUUGUGGAUCCGCGAUACAAAUUGAUUCAUUUCAUCGAUGAAAAUCCAUCAACAGCGUCUGAUCCAAUAGUGUAUGAAGUAAUUUUCGGCAAUCCGGAACAGUUUCUUCGUCCGCGCUUUGAGUUCCCGAUCAACAAUGUCCCGUUGUUGCUGGAAAAAUCGCCGCAAGCUGGCGUUGAAAUUGCGCGUAUUAUAGCUACAUCACCGAGUCGCUCAAAGAUCCAGUACGAAAUGUAUGAUGAUUCCGGAAAAACUGCCGAAUAUUUUGCCAUAGAUGCGGAUACGGGUCAGUAUUUUUGCAGAGCUGGUUUCAACGCUUGCAUCCAUUACCGGGAAUUAUAA